CGGGAACCGGAGCUCGCCAUGGAACCGGAGCCGGGACCGGGCCCUGAUCCCGACAUGGACCCGGGCUGCGACCCCGUAACGGGCUCCGGCCAUGAUCCGCUAAAGGUCCCGGUACCGGUAACGGAUCCGGUAACGGACCCGGCAAAGGAUCCCGACGUGGAGCCGCUGCACCGGGGCGGCUUCCGCUGCCGCCUGUGCCAGAUCACCACGGCCAACCUGCCGAGCCUCCGUUCGCACCUGUCGGGGAAGCGCCACGCGCGGCUCCGGUGUCUGCGGGCGGAGCGGCGCGCGCAGGAGCAGCGCAGCCUCUUCGUCAGCGGCUUCCGCCGGGGCACCGCGCCCGAGCAGCUGCGGCGCCACUUCCGCGCCUUCGGGCCUGUCGCGACAGUCGUGAUGGACAAGGACAAGGGCGCGUUCGCCAUCGUGGAGCUGCGGGACCCCGCGGGGCGGCAGCGGGCGCUGGAGCAGCCCCGGCACUGCCUGGACGGGCGGCGGCUGCGGGUGCGGCCCCGGGAGCACCGGGAAUGGCCCCGGGAGCGCCCCCGGGAGCCCCCCGGGAACCCCCCGGGACCCCCGGGGCUGCUGCAGGCGCUGGGCCGGGCCCAGGACGUGUGGGCGCAGCUGCAGCUCCUGGUGCGGGCUCUGGAGCUGAGCGCGGCCGAGCGGCGCCUGCGGGAGCUGCUGGUGACCCUGAUCAGGGAGGUGUUCAGCGAGUUCUUCCCAGGCUGCUCCGUUGUCCCCUACGGCUCCUCCGUCAACGGCUUCGAUGUCCACGGCUGCGACCUGGACCUGCACCUGGAGCUGGGGGAGCCCCAGAGCCCAGAGACCCCAAACGGGGACCCCCAGAACCCAGAGACCCCCAAAAACCCUGACCCUAACCCAAACGGGGACCCCCAAACCCCAGAGACCCCAAACGGGGACCCCCAGAACCCAGAGACUGCAAAUGGGGACCCCCCCAUGGAGGGGACCCUAAACGGGGACCCUCAGAGCCUGAGAACCCCAAACGGGGACCCCCAAAUCCCAGAGACCCCAAACGGGGACCCCCAGAGCCCGGGGACACUGCUGGGGGAUGGGGACCCCCCCUUAAAAGGGUCAUUUUUGGGGUCUGAGGGGUCCCAUUUGGGGUCUGACAGGUCCCAUUUGGGGUCUCCUUCGGGUGACAGGGACCCCUCCCUCAAAGGGUCCCUUUUGGGGUCUGAGGGGUCUCCUAUGGGGUCUGAGGGGUCUCUUUUGGGGGACCAAGACCCCUCCCUCAAAGUGUCCCUUGUGGGGGACAGAGGGUCCUUUUUGGGGGACAGAGGGGCCCAUUUGAGGUCUGAGGGGUCCCUGUCGGGGGAUGAGUCCCUGGAGGCCGAGGGGUCCCUUUUGGGGUCUGGGGGAUCGCUUUUGGGGUCUGAGGGGUGCGGGGGGUCCGUUUUGGGGUCCGAGGGGUCCCAUUUGGGGUCUGAGGGAUCGCUUUUGGGGUCUGAGGGGUGCGGGGGGUCCCUUUUGGGGUCCGAGGGGUCCCAUUUGGGGUCUGAGGGGUCCCAUUUGGGGUCUGAGGGGUGUGGGGGGUCCCAUUUGGGGUCUGAGGGGUCCCAUUUGGGGUCCGAGGGGUCCCUGUCGGGAGAUGAAUCCUCCGAGUCCGAUGAGUCCCUUUCAGGGUCCGAGGGGUCCCAUUUGGGGUCCGAGGGGUCCCAUUUGGGGUCCGGGGGGUCCCAUUUGGGGUCUGGGGGGUCCCUGCUGGGGCGCGGGGCCCCCCCGGAGCAGCGGCUGGCGCUGGUGGGGGCGGUGCUGCGGCGCUGCGUGCCGGGGGUCCGGGGGGUCCGGGCCGUGCCCGGCGCUCGGCGCCCCGUGGUCAAAUUCUGCCACAAAGAGUCGGGGCUGGCCGGGGACGUGUGCCUGGACAACCGGCUGGCCCUGUUCAACACUCGCUUCCUGCGCCUCUGCGCCGACGCCGACCCGCGGGUGCGGCCCCUGGGCUACGCCCUGCGCCUGUGGGCGGGGGGGCAGCGCCUGGCCGGGAACCGGGCCGGGGGCGGCCCCCUCCUCACCAACUACGCGCUGACGCUGCUGCUGGUGCUGUUCCUGCAGAGCCGCGCCCCCCCCGUGCUGCCCUCGCUGCGCCGCCUCCGCCUCCUCGCAGGGCCUCAGGACCGUGCCCGGGUUGGGCAGUGGGAUUGCAGCUUCCCCCGGGACGCGGCGGCGCUGGAGCCCAGCGGGAACCGACAGAGCGCCGCCUCCCUCCUGGCCGAAUUCUUCUCGUAUUUCUCCACGCUGGACCUGGGGGGGCUCCUCCUGUCGCCCCUGGAGGGCCGCGCUCUGCCCCGCCCCCCUCCCGAGGCCCUCGGGGGUCUCCGCCCGGGCCCCCUGACCCUGCAGGACCCCUUCGAGCUCAGCCACAACGUGGCCGCCAACGUGACGGCGCGCACGGUGUCGCGAUUCGUGCGCUGCUGUCGCGACGCCGCCCGCCUGUGCCGCGGGCCCGAGUUCGCGCAGCGGUCGCGGCGGGGCCGCCCUUGGGGGCUGAUGCGGCUGCUGCAGCCCCCGGAGCGCGGGGGCCGCGGGGGCUUUGGGGGUCCCCAGGGGGGGGAAUUUGUGAUCCAGGUGCCGCUGAGACCCCCGGGGGGGCGCGGGGGGGUCGCGCAGAGCGAGGUGGGCGAGGCCGUGGCGUUCGUGCUCAGGGAGGUGCUGGGGUGCGGCUGCGAGCCCGAGGGCACGGGGGAGCCACCCCCGGGAGAUGAAUGUCACCUGGGGAAUGGGACAGGGGGGUCCCGGGGGGAAUUUGGGGACCUGGGGGAAUCUGGGGAGCCACCCGCGGGAGAUGAAUGGCACCUGGGGAGGGGGACAGGAGGGUCUUGGGGGGAAUUUGGGGACACGGGGACACCCCCGGUAGCUGAGUGUCACCUGGGGAAUGGGACAGGAGGGUCCCGGGGGGAAUCUGGGACAUCGGGGGAUCCCUCAGAGCCACCCUCGGGAGCUCGGUGUCACCUGGAGGAGGUGACAGAUGAAUCCCGAGGGGAAUUUGAGGACACGGGGACACCCCCGGUAGCUGAGUGUCACCUGGGGAAUGGGACAGGGGGGUCCCGGGGGGAAUUUGGGGACACGGGGACAUCGGGGGAUCCCUCAGAGCCACCCUCGGGAGCUCGGUGUCACCUGGAGAAGGUGACCGACGAUUCCCAUGGGGAAUUUGGGGUCCCGGGGCCGGGCUCGAAGCGCCCCCUCCCCUCGGGGGUCCCGGACGGGGCGGGGGUCCCGCCCGCCAAGCGGCCCCGGGGCCCCGCGGGUCCCUCCCGGUGGAGCUGCUGCGUUUGGUACCGGGUGUGGCGGGGCCGCCGCCGCCUCCGCCGCCGCCUCCGGCACCGGGGGGGCUCCGAGGGGGCUGCGGGGAACGGGGGGGACCGAGGGGUUCAGGGUCCCGGGGGUGUCCCGGAUUUCGGGGAUCCCGAGGGGGUUCGGGAACUCGGGGGUCCCGGGGAGUUUCGGGGUCCCGGUGGUGUUCAGGACUUUGGGGGUCCCCAGGAUCUCGGGGGUCCCGGGGGUCCCCAGGAUCCCGGGGGUCCCGGGGGUGCUCAGGGCUCUGGGGGUCCCCAGGAUCUCGGGGGUCCCGGUGGCGCUCAGGGCUUUGGGGGUCCCGGUGGGGUUCAGGACUUUGGGGGUCCCAUUGCUGCUCAGAGCUUUGGGGGUCCCCAGGAUCUCGGGGGUCCCCAGGAUCUCGGGGGUCCCGGUGGGGUUCAGGACUCUGGGGGUCCCCAGGAUUUCAGGGGUCCCGUUGCUGCUCAGAGCUUUGGGGGUCCCCAGGAUCUCGGGGGUCCCCAGGAUCUCGGUAGUCCCGGGGGUGUUCAGGACUCUGGGGGUGUCCUGGAUUUCGGGGGUCCCGGUGGCGCUCAGGGCUCUGGGGGUCCGCGGGCUCUCGGGGGUCCUGGGGGUGUUCAGGACAUUGGGGGUCCCCAGGAUCUCGGGGGUCCCGUUGCUGCUCUCGGGCUCCCCCCGCUGGCGCUCGAACGCGCCGUCACCGCCGCCAUCGCCCGAGGGGACAGCGGGGACCCCCCCGGGCCCCCCCCGGUGCCGCUGCUGCGCUUCCGGCUCAGCGCCCGCCCGGGGGGGUCGCGCCGGGACCCCCAAGUGCGGCUGCAGCUCCAGCCCGAGCCCCCCUCGCCGCUGUUCCGCGAGUUCUUCCAUUUCCUGCGCCAUUUCCUGCCCGCGAUGGUUCGGCAGCGCCUGGGCUGGGGCGGGAGCUCGUAA